UGUAACUGCAAAAGUGAAUUUUCAGCAGCCAUUAUUCCAGUCUUCAGUGUUACACUAAAGAUUAAUAGUGGGUUUGCAUAUACCACCUCAUAUUAUCUAACAUAGUCACAUGACACUCCGGUCUAGUGGGUGGCAGAUAUAUACCACAAACUGAUCUGACAAUCGCCAUUAAACUGAAUCAGAAGAAGAAAUAGAACCUGAAAGAGGAGCAGAGGACGACGCCAGGAUGUUCAGUUCCAGAAAAAUGAUUAAGCUCUUUUAUGAUGUUGCCUCUCCUUAUUCCUGGCUGGCAUUUGAGGUGCUGUGUCGCUAUAGAAAUGUUUGGAACGUCGACCUCAUUGUUUUAAAAGAAACCCAUAUCAAGUUUGCUCUUUUCUUAGGCAACAAGCCCCCUGGAUUGAACCCUAGUAAACUUAUAUACAUGGACUCAGAUCUGACUCUGCUGUCUGAAUAUUUUGGAGUCCCUAUGUUUCGACCUUCAAGCCUUUCUAAAGACUCCUUGAAUGCGAUGCGUUUUGUGACAGCUGUAGCAGAGAGGGAAAAAGAGAGAGACGCGCUAGAGAGUGUGUCUAUAGAGCUCUGGAAGAGAAUGUGGCGCACUCAUCAGGACAUUACCCAGCCUGCCUCGCUCACUGAGGCAGGAUUAAAAGCAGGUCUCUCAGCCAAUGAGGUGGAGGAAUUUCUGACUCUCUCCAAAUCUCAGCCAAUCAAAGACAAGCUGAAGAGUGUCACACGGGAAGCACUGGAGUAUAAAUGCUUUGGUCUUCCAUUCAUCGUGUGUCAUGUGAAUGGGAAGGCUGAGGUCUUCUUUGGUUCCGACAAAUUUGAGCUCAUGGCUUAUUUCAUUGGGGAGAAGUGGAUGGGGCCUUACCCUAACAAGCCCAUAGCCACAAUGUGAUCACUACUCCUCCAUACUCAAUAUCCAUAUUCAACAGCAAGCACACACACAAACACAGAGAUUUACAUUUAAAGGGGAAAUUUAAUAAAAUUUUCACUUUUUAGGUUUGGUUGUGUCUGCCAGCUCGGAAAAGCUAAAAGGAAAACAAGCAGCCAGUUUGUUGAGUCUGAAACUGUGUCAUCCAGUGAGAAAUUUCAAUUUGCAGCCAGUUUCUAUGUAGCUAUUUGAAUAAGACCACCUCCGAGCCACAUGUUACAGACACUUCAUGAAGGCCCUAAAGAAUCACCAACUUGUGGAAAACAUGAACUGCAUUAUAAAAAUCAUAAUAAAGCAUAGUGCUACUGUGAAUUCACAAAGGCUGCGAUUCAAUUAAAUAAAUAUAUGCGCUGCAGGUUUAAUAUGCACUUCAUUUAUAUGUGUGUAUGUUACAUGCUGCUUCACACACAAAGU